CCCCGCGUCCGCGCCGGCAUGGUGAACCUGGCGGCCAUGGUGUGGCGCCGGCUCCUGCGGAAGAGGUGGGUGCUCGCCCUGGUCUUCGGGCUCUCGCUCGUCUACUUCCUCACCAGCACCUUCAAGCAGGAGGAGCGGGCAGUGAGAGACCGGAAUCUCCUCCAGGUUCAAGAGCGGGAGCAGCCCAUUCUGUGGAAAGUGCAGUUUAACUUGGGCAACAGCAGCCGGCCCAGCAACCAGUGCCGGAACUCCAUUCAAGGGAAGCUCCUCAUCACGGACGAACUAGGAUACGUUUGUGAGAGGAAGGAUUUGCUGGUGAAUGGCUGCUGCAACAUCAACGUCCCGGGCACCAAGCAGUACUGCUGCGAUGGCUGCUUGUCCAACGGCUGCUGCAGCGCUUACGAGCACUGCGUCUCCUGCUGCCUGCAGCCCAACAAGCAACUUCUCCUGGAGCGCUUCCUCAACCGGGCAGCUGUGGCAUUCCAGAACCUCUUCAUGGCAGUUGAAGAUCACUUUGAAUUGUGUUUGGCCAAAUGCCGGACCUCAUCCCAGAGCGUGCAGCAUGAGAACACCUAUAGGGAUCCCAUAGCAAAGUACUGCUACGGAGAGAGCCCUCCCGAGCUCUUCCCCGCCUGAUGGGUGCAGAAGACUUGCCGCGCCUGCCCGCGGCUGAAGCACCUUGCAGCCUGAAGCCAGGCUUCUGCGGUCGCUCGUCCGUUGGAAAAAGAGAGAGGCGUCGUGCGGAAACCUUGGCUUUGACCGCGUCUUGUGUGGUGUUCUGGCUUCACUCCCCGCCGGGCUUUACCAGGUGGGACUGUUCUGUGAAGCAGCUUGGAAACACUUGAGGGUCACAUUCGAAAAAGACAAAACUGCAGGUGACCUUGUGGAGGGGUUGGCCCUUUGGGUGCCUCCCCCAUCGCAGCUGCUCAGGGACCCGUCGUCACUCACAGUUCUCGGGGCCCUUCACUGUAAAGUUAUUUAUUGGAUUUCUUUGGAGUAGUGGGGAAAUGAUAACAUUUAGGCAAAUGCCUUGCCUCGAUAGUUGAAUAUAUUCAAGGAAAUUAUUGUUGUUUUUCUUGUGUUCUUGAGUGUCAUGAGUUAACUCUUGCCUUCACCCGUUUCAGAUAAAACGUUCGGCCCUCAGAAAGGGGAGUGUUCCUCGAGGUCGUUAUUUUCUAUUUUGUUUCAACAGCAUCCUCAGGAAUGGACCCUGAACACCGGAUGCUGACAUCUAAAAUUGUCUAAAAUCUCAAAGAUACUGCUCCAUUAUAAUCUGGCGCCAACUUGCGAGCAGCUGGCACCAUGUGCGCUCAGAUUUUUUUCUAGGGGUAUUUGGGAUCCUUGUAUACCUGUGUGUGAACACUGUUUUAACCACCAGUUCUAACUGACUUAUCCUGGAGGAUUUUGUUCUCGUUUCCUGUGAAAUGCCCCAAUGACCCGCCCGCUCCGCCUGGUCCAGUGGGAGCCUCAGGAAAAUCACCAGCAGCCUCCUCUCGUCUUCUGUCAUGGAAACCCUGUGUCAAGGCGAUUCCUCGAUGGAGAUACAUCUAGGAACUGGCUCUAAGCAGCCAUCCCUUACUGCCUCCAGCUGCAAGAGAUGUAACAGGUACAGAUAUUCAGUGUCCCUAUAAAAAAGAAGGAGGAAACCCAAGUGUCUGUCAAGGAGCUGUAAGAGCCUUACGUCUCCCCUAAGUGGGACCCGUGAAUGGACGCUGGACAUGCAGGGUGCUGGGCCACAUGCUCUGGGGGCUCCCCAUGUUCCCAGUACAACACUUAAGUCCUCCUGAGUCAAGGCUGAGAGCGUCUGGUCUGCAGAUCAAGACGUGCCCCGUGAAGAGUACCGCUCUGUGCCCUCAGGAGUUCCAUUCUCGCACAGCCCUUCCCUGAAGCCCCUCACCGACCGCAGGAUCGAGCAAGGUCCUUUUCAUUCUUUUUGUUGUUCACGUUGUUGACCUUGGAGCAGGGCAGUUUUACAAUCUGCUUUCAACACUUUUUUUUUUUCCCAGUGGAGCUUUUUUUGGGGGAGCCAUGUUUGCCUUCCAGCGUGUUUCUGCAGUAUGUAGUAGCUAUUCCCCUCAACUUCCUCCUGUUACUUAACACUAAUCUUACCAAAGUAGUUUGUACCCCUAAAUGUUUUCUUAGAGGGUGAACUGUCUGGUGGUUGUUUUUAAAUGUUAGAUCACAAGAAAUGUAUUCAGCUUGCAGUGGAUUUUUCGGAUUCUCUGUAUUCAUGGGUGCUAAAUCAAACUUUGUAUGUGAAAGAAAUGUGCACAUCUGGACGUCUCACCAUCUCAUUCUUUUUGGUAACUCCGUAUGGAUUUGAGUCUGUCUUCUGUUGGUCGUCACUAGCAUCAGCCUCUUCUUUGGGCUUAUUUCAACUCUUGAGCAAUAUAACAUAGAUUUAAUGUGAAAGCA